GGCAGUAGGGACCGCAGACCCACUUUGGACCUGUUGGCCCCAAAACCAUGGCAGGGUCUGGCUGUGGUCCCAGCUGCAAUGCACCUUGGCCGCCUCGGUACCGUUAUUGGGACCUAGCCUUUGCCUUGAUGGGCACGGCUGCAUUUCUGGUGGACCUGGGCGCUGACGCAUGGGUGGCUGCCAGCUACUUGAAGGCCGGGGACUACCACUGGGGUGGGCUGGUCCUGGUGCUGUUGGCCUUGUCGUCGCUGGCAACGCAGUUCUUCAGCUGCACCUGGUACUGGAGUGACCCCCCAGAGCUGAUGGAAGCGCUGCCCACACGGCGGACCCUCCUUGUGUUACACAUCCUACAGCUGGGCUACCUGUACAGGUGUUUCUAUGUUCUGAAGGUGGGCUUCCGCGUGUGCCGGACGAAAGCAGACAAAGAUAUCGCUUAUGCUGUUUUCCUGUCACAUGACAUCAGCUUCUUGCGCCUCUUUGAGACCUUCCUGGAAAGCGCCCCUCAGCUCGUCCUGGGGCUCUACAUUAUCCUAUGCACGAAGAAAGCAGAGAUAUUUCAGGUGCUUGGGAUUUGCACCUCUUUCGUGUGUAUCGCCUGGGCCCUCUUGGACUAUCACCAAACCCUGCGCAGCUUCCUGCGGGAGAAGCACAAGCUGGGCCGCCGGUCCUCCACCAUCUAUUUCCUGUGGAACUUCCUGUUGGUGUGCCCUCGCAUCCUGUGCCUGGCGCUCUUCGCGCUGGUCUUUCCGAGCUACGUUUCCCUCCAUUUCCUGGCAGUCUGGUCUGCCAUGUUUCUCUGGGUCACGUUGCAAGGUACAGACUUCAUGGAAUGUGCCGCCUUCGAGUGGCCUUAUCGGGCUGUGGUGGCCGUCAUUCUCUACUUCUCCUGGUUCAAUGUGGCCGAGGGGAGGACAUGCUACCGCUCUGCAAUCUACUACACAUUCCUCUUGGUUGACAGCGCCAUCCUUGCCAUCUCAUGGCUCUGGAACACCAUUCCCUUGAACUACGACUCCCACCUUGUGGCGCAUGCGCUCUAUGCAGCCCUGCCCUGCUACGUAGCCGGGAUCCUUUUGAGAAGCAUCUACUACAAAUGUUUGCACCCUACUUUGCAGGCCGCAGUCCCGGUCACUGGUGAUGAAAUAGACAAUGAGGAGCCAGCCAGCAAAGGUGUGCCAGCUUUCCGGCAGCUGGUUGUACAAGGACAUGGUGACCAAGAGGCUAUACGAGGACAUGUCAACCAUCGGGCAUAUAGACUUGCUCAAAGCUUCUUUGCUGGUGCUUCAGAGGUUGCAAAGCAUCAAGGAAAUGGGACUCUUGGGGACAGCUGUUUGUGAGCCCAGCUAUAAGCUGCGUCCCAUGUGGCCAAGACUUAUUACUAGAGAGACGAGAGGAGUUCUGGAGUGUGUGUACCCAUAUUUUGGUCCGUACCUGUCAAGAUGAUCCCAGGCCUGCCUUUGAACAUUAUUAUUUUUAAUGUAAGAGUUUUUUUUCUAGCUUUGCAGGGACAUCAUACAGGGCAGUGGGGUUGGGGGGAGAUGAUCGAUCCCAUCACCCAUAUGGUGCCCCUCUUAGGGCUGGGGUAGACAACAUGUUGCACUCCAGAUGUUAUUAAUCCCAGCAAACAUGGCCAACGG